UAGACGUUUUGUUUUGUGUUGUGAUUUCGUGUCAAAAUUUUUGUGUUAAAAUGGGAAAAAGGAAGCGUAAUAGCAAGAAAGUGGAGAAGCUGUUAAAGAAAUUACGUCAGGAGUUGGUAGACAGCACGUCUGAUAGUUCAAGCAUACAAAGCUCUUCUGAGGGUGCUGAUAGCUCGCCUGAAGAUUCGUUUGGUGAGACGGGCGUGGAGCACAACACCCAGAGAGACCUUGAGGAGCAGUCUGAACCUGGGCCCUCAGGUGUUAAACAGUUUUUGCUUCAAGAUCCCUUGGGUACGGUUGCAAAAGGACCUCCUGUUAACACUGAGACUGCUGAGUAUUGGAAAAAGAUAUUGAUGAAUGGUUUGCAAAAAGAGUUUAGAAAAGAGCUUGUGGAUAAAUAUCCAAUAUCCGAAAACUGUCCAUUAUUAGGGCCUCCUAAAGUAAAUGAGGAACUGACUAUUGCUCUCCAAGAUAGCUCUAUGAGGCAAGAUAAUUUUUUUGCUCAUAUUCAAUCGCAGCUUGGGGCAGGUUUGAGUGCAUUAGUGGUCCCUAUAGAAGAUCUUAUUAAAUUAGGGGACGUAGGCAAAGAUAUUCUCCAGAAGGUAAUGGACUCGACAAAGAUGCUAGUUGACAUCCACCAUACAUUGUCAAUACACAGGAGAUUUCUUUUAUCUAAUAACUUAGAACCCUCCGCAAAGAAAGUCAGUGAAAGUUGUCCAGUAGAUCAGUUUUUGUUUGGGGAAAACUUUACACAGAAUGUAAAGAACUCUCAAGAUAUGCAGAAAAUUGGUUUGGUGGUCAAGAAAAAAUCAAGUGCUAAGCAUUAUGAUAAUCAACCUAGCCAGUCUUUAAACUGGAGGCGCCAGUUUCAACGGAGCAGGAAGAAAACAGAGGAAGGGAGCAGAGGCAAACGACUGGAGACGUUCAAGAACCCCAGCAAGAUACAGAAGUACAAGGGGCACCAGAAGUAUCAGAGCCAGAGAAUGAGGAAAUAGAGGCAGCCCCAUCCUAUGUGGAGGAAGCUUAUCCUAAUUGCAGGAAUUAUAUCAGGGAAGCGUUUGUAAGAAGGUUGUUUCCAGAAAGCGGGGUUUCAGUCCUUAUUGCUUCUAUCAGCGAAAAUACUUUUAGGCAAUAUGAUAGUGUAUACAAGAAAUGGUGGCAUUUUUGUAGCAAUAAGAAGUUAAAUCCUUAUGAAUAUGUGUUAAAUAAUGUUAUUACGUUUCUGCAAGAAGUUUUUGAAAGUGGUUGUUCAUUUUCAGUAAUAAAUACGUAUAAGUCGGCCAUAGCAUUAGUGUUAUCUAUAGACAAGGAUGAUGAAAAUAUUUUAAAAAGGUUUUUGAAAGGUUUACGUAAUAUUAGACCUCCAAAAGCCAGAUAUUCAAGUACAUGGGAUCCACAUCCAGUGCUUGAAUAUUUGGAAACAUUUUUUCCGUUGGAAAGCUUGUCUAUAGAAAAAAUAACCUUAAAACUUGUGACUUUACUAGCAUUAAUUUCGGGCCAUAGAAUGCAGACUUUUAGUAAGAUUAAGUUAGAGAAUAUACUAAGGCAUGAAGGUUAUAUAGAAAUUUUUGUUGAUGAAAAACUUAAAACAUCAGGUAGCGGUAGACCCCAACCAGUUUUACAUAUUCCUUAUUUUAGGGAGAAACCAGAAUUAUGUCUAGCAUCCACAUUGGAUGUCUAUAUUGACAAAACAAAAGAUAUUCGUCCGGCAGGCCUUAAAUUUUUAAUUUUAACUAUUAAAAAGCCUAUACACGCAGCCACUUCUCAAACAAUUAGUCGCUGGAUAAAAUUAAUUUUAAAAAAGAGUGGCAUUAAUACGGAAAUAUAUUCAGGCUAUAGUAUAAGACACGCUGCGGUAUCUUCGGCUGAUAGAGCAGGGGUUAAUAUCGAAGUAAUUCGGAAGGCAGCAGGCUGGUCGGAAAAGUCUAAUACUUUCGGCUCUUUUUAUAAAAGGCCCAUGCUUCCGCCCAAAGAUAGUUUUGCCAGGGCAGUAUUUAGUGGGGCAGGUAUUAAUAUAUAGGAAUUUGUUGUUAUACAUAUGUAGAAUUAGAACAUUAGUAUUUAUUGACGAAUUUGUACCAAUUAAUUUAAGUUGCCAAGAGAGAUUUAAAUUAAAUUAUGUCGAAUAAUUUAGGAUAUAAGAUAGUUAAUUAGAUUUGCCCGAUUAAUAUACAAAUAUCUGUAAUUUGUAAAGUUGGUCUCAAUUAAAAUAAAAGGGCUGUUCAAUUGAAAUUUGUAUUCUAAUU